GCAAUUAUUGUCCCAUAAGUUGAUAAUAAAUGUCAAAAAUAAUUUAAUUAUAAAAUAUUCAAUAAUAAUAAAUUAAUUCAUAAAAUUUAUGUAUCAAUAAUUCAUAAUAACGAGGUGUCGUUGAUACAGCUAAAAAUUGUACACCAAUUUAAAUAGUCUUUGAAAGUGAUUAAUUGAUAUAACACGAAUAAAAUUACUAUAUUUCUAAAGCGUCGCAUAUUCUUUUCUAUCCGUUAAUAAUAAUAAGCAACAACGGAAGUUUCAAACACUCUAAUUUAGCAAAUUAAUCGAACGAUAUGGCGUUAUUUUUCUUCAGAUAUAAUAAUUACGACGACAAAGAGUAAAAAUAUUUUGUCAAUCGAAACUUAUCGGAAAAGGGUUACAGAGAUUGUAGAAGAAAAAAUGGAGCGAAAUUAAUCGUAAGGAAAAAUGAAAUGGCGUGAUUGGUGUCGCACGAAAGCUCUUAUCGCUUCAACUUUUGACCUCUUAUGCGACAGCGAGAUCAGGGUUGUACGCACUAUACUCUUGGUGGGAUCACUAGUUUUGCCGUGUUGCAGUUUGCAACAAUGUUAUUUCAUAUCGCUGCCGCAGCAAUGCUAACGAACAUCGCGGUUAUAGACAUCUACUCGUUCCAUGAACUGCCGAAUAACAUUGUGGACAUGCAAUUACUAUCGGACGAGAGUCCUCUACACCGUGUCUUCGUAUACGGGACACUAAAGCGAGGAGAACCCAACCACAAUUUGAUCCAAGACGUUGCAAAUGGAUACGCAAAGUUCUUAGGACUUGGAAGAACCGUUGUUCCGUAUCCACUAAUAAUUGCCACUCAUUAUAAUAUACCAUUUUUGUUGAAGAAACCUGGCUUUGGUCACCAUGUAUUUGGUGAAGUAUACGAUAUCGACACGAAAAUGUUAAAAAAGUUAGACGAACUAGAAGAACAUCCGACAUUUUACGAACGAUCAGAGGAAGAUGUGUUAGUUGCUCCAGAAGGCAAGACCAAAUCGAGCGAUAAUUUUGAAGAGGUCAGUACCUUGACAAAGGUCUGGAUAUAUUUUUUACCAAGGUUCAGGGCGUCCUUGUUGGAGAAUCCCAUGUACAGCUCGUACAGCAACGAGGGAAGCCACGGACUCAAAUAUUGCGAAAAGUAUGCUCGCGAUCCCUCGUACAAUCACAGAAGCGAAGUUCAGUGAUAGUUCAUCCCCAAAAUAUAUUUGUUUCCAGCGAGGAGAGUACAGUAAGGCCGGAAGACCUACUCUGAUCAAGCUGUUUUGCAUAUGUUGUUAACCCCAUCAUCGCAUGAACGCUUCAACUUCAUGUUUGUUAAUCGUGGUAGUUAAUAAAAGAUUUUUCGCCGAAUGAAAA